AUGGCCAGCGCAGACAUCCAGCAGAAUAUCCCCUCGCACAUCCGUGGAGUGCCCGGCUCAGUCAACAUACCAGUAGCAAGCUUCCCAGUUCCCUCCAAGUGUGCCACAUGUGAACCAGAACACGUUGCAUCGACACUUGUUGAGGCUUUCAACCUUGCCUUGGCCAAACGUGACUUCAACGGCAUCGCCAACUUAUUCGGAGACAAUGGCUUCUGGCGCGACCAUCUAGCUCUGACCUGGCAGCUUCGAACAGUGCAAGGCCACGAAGCGAUCGUGAAAUUCCUUGAGAGAUCUUCCGAGUCCAGGGACGGCCUGCGACUCAAGAAAAUCUCUAUUGACAGAAGCACCCCCGUUCGCGCCCCGAAAGUGUGGUCACUUGAUGGAGCUGGCGAAGUUCAAGGUAUCCAAUUUUUCUUCAAGGCAGAGACAUCCCAUGGCUCUGCGACCGGAAUCGCCCGCCUCGCGCUGCAGAACCACACGUGGAAAAUAUUCACCUUGUUCACUGGUCUUCAAGAGCUCAAGGGCCAUGAGGAGCUUCUUGGACGUCGGAGGCCCAAGGGCGCAGAGCACGGUGGUAACCCGGAUCGCAAGAAUUGGGCCGAAAAAAGAGCCGACUCUGCUGCUUACACUGACGGUCGCGAGCCAAGUGUGCUGAUUAUCGGCGGCGGACAGGGCGGUUUGACCGCAGCUGCGAGAUUAAAGAUGCUCGGAGUGGACUCCCUCAUCAUCGAUAAAAACGAGUCCGUCGGGGAUAACUGGCGACUCCGAUACCGUCAGCUUGUCCUGCACGAUCCCGUGUGGUACGAUCACAUGCCCUACAUGGAGUUCCCAGCGACUUGGCCUAUCUUCACCCCGAAGGAUAAGCUGGCUGAAUUCUUCGAGUGCUACGUCAAAAUGCUCGAACUCAAUGUUUGGACCACAACCACUAUCACCAAUUGCGAAUGGAAUGAGAAGACUGCCAACUGGACCGUGACCCUUUCUCGCAAACAGAAGGACGGUACCACUGAAGAGAGAGUGUUCCACCCGCGCCAUAUCAUCCAAGCGACCGGUCAUUCCGGAAAGAUGAAGAUGCCUGAAGUCCCCGGCGUGGACGGCUUCCAGGGUGACCUUCUUUGUCACUCCUCGCAAUUCCCAGGUGCCAAGAGAAACAGCCAAGGCAAAAAGGCUAUCGUUGUGGGCUCAUGCAAUUCCGCCCACGAUAUUGCACAAGAUUAUCAAGAGAGAGGCUACGAUAUCACUAUGGUCCAGAGAUCCACAACCUGCAUUAUCUCCUCAACUGCCAUCACAAAGAUCGGUCUGAAGGGCCUUUACGAAGAGGAUGGUCCCGCAUUGGCAGAUGCCGAUCUCCUUCUCCAUGGCACUCCCACACCAGUUAUGAAAGCGCUUCAGAUCCAUAUCACUUCCCAAGAAGCAGAGCAUGAUAAGGAGCUUCUCGAGGGGCUUGAAAAGGCAGGAUUCAAGGUUGAUCGUGGUCCAAAUGGCGGCGGACUCUUCGUCAAAUAUUUCCAGCGCGGUGGCGGCUACUAUAUCGACGUCGGAGCCUCCCAAAUGAUCGUGGAUGGCAAGAUCAAGGUGAAGCAAGGCCAGGAGAUUGCUGAAAUUCUGCCUCGAGGCCUCAAAUUUGCCGAUGGCACUGAGCUCGAAGCCGAUGAGAUUAUCUUCGCUACUGGAUACGACAAUAUGCGCUCGCAAACAAGGACGAUGCUGGGCGACAAGGUCGCUGAUAAGGUGUCUGAUGUUUGGGGCUACAAUAACGAAGGAGAAAUUAGGACCAUGUGGCAGAAUAGUGGGCACCCAGGAUUCUACUUCCAUGGAGGCAAUCUGGCGACUGCAAGAUACUAUUCUAAGAUUCUGGCACUCCAGAUCAAGGCUCUUGAGGAAGGUAUCUAUAACCAUGGUGAAUUCUAA